AAACUUAUAUCUCUCUAUAAAAAAAAAAAAAAAAAAAAAAAACAAAACAGGGAGAAGAACACAAUGGUGAACUUGGUCGCAGCCCAAAAGCCAUUGUUGUACGGUCUCAUGAAAAUGGCCGGUGUCGUUCCCUACACCCCCUACACCGUAGAGAUCGAACCAGGAACCAAAAUGAAUUUCUGGGUCCCUAAACAAACUGUCAAAAAACCGAAAAAAUCCGACAAAACCGGCGUCACGAAACUGGAAAAACCGGCUAAACCGGCCGUACUACUCAUCCACGGUUUCGCCGCCGAGGGCAUCGUGACGUGGCAGUUCCAGGUGGGUUCGUUAUCCAAGAAGUACUCGAUUUACAUACCGGACCUACUCUUCUUCGGUGGGUCCUACUCCGACAACCCGGACCGGUCACCGGCGUUUCAAGCGGAGUGUUUGGUCAAGGCUUUGGGUGUUCUCGGCGUGGAUAAGUUUGUCCUCGUCGGGUUUAGCUACGGUGGCAUGGUGGCGUUCAAGAUCGCGGAGAUGUAUCCAGAUAUGGUUCGAGCCAUGGUCGUGUCCGGUUCGAUAUUGGCGAUGACCGACACGAUCAGUGAGUCGAACCUAAACCGGUUAGGGUUUUCUUCGUCGACGGAUCUUCUCUUACCGACUUCGGUUAAGGGGCUUAGGGCACUUUUCACAAUGGCUGUGCAUAGACCCGUUUGGUUCCCGAGUUGCCUCUUUAAGGACUAUCUUGAGGUAAUGUUCACCAAUAGAAAGGAAAGAGCCGAGCUCUUGGACGCUUUGGUGAUCAGCAACAAGGACGCCACCAUUCCCCGUUUCCCACAGAGAAUACAUCUAUUGUGGGGCGAAGGUGACAAGAUUUUUAAUCUCGAAGUCGCCAAAAAUAUGAGAGAACAGCUUGGAGAGAAGGCAACGAUGGAGAGUAUAAAGAAAGCAGGCCACUUGGUCCACCUGGAGAGACCUUGCGUCUACAAUCGGCAUCUCAAUAAAUUCCUUGCCUCUGUUCCCUCUGAAAACAAGACCGUCCAAUAAAAUUAUAAUAUUAUAAGUUAUAAUAAUCCAUCGAAAUACAUUAUUAUUAUUAUUAUUAAUAUAUUCAAUAUCGGAUCAUAUAAUAAGCUGGCGUACCUUGUUCGUUUGCCUCUGUGUUUUCCUAUGAUUAAAAAAAGAUGUUAUCCAAAAUAAAUACGAUUUUAAAAUUGAUUGGAUAGCAUAGUGUCCAAAUUAA